GGGCACACUGUUACUGGAGCAGUUGUCAAUGUAUGGCAAGUUUUUUCUCCUCUUUUUUUUUUUUUACCUCUAGCUAAAUGCCCAGGCAUGUAGUUUAAUUUUGUACCGGAUCCGCAUUGUUAACUGGGUAGGUGAACAUCAAGAGAUACAGAGCCGUAUCCAUGCACUAACUUGUUGGAAAAUGAUCAUCUGUACGAAAAAAAUGGAUUACCCCCUCGGAACCCAAUGUCAGCGCGUCCAGAAGCAGGUGAUGAAGGUGAACGCUGAGAAGGAGCGGGCGUCGCUGUGGUGCAUGAAGGCUCUGGCCAGCAGGGGGUGUGUGGACGCCGUGUCCCAGCAGAUGGCCUCUCACCCCCAGUACCUGGAAAGCUUCCUCCGCACCCAGCACUAUAUCCUCCACAUGGACGGCCCCCUGCCCCUGCAGUACCGCCACUAUAUCGCCAUCAUGGCUGCAGCGCGGCAUCACUGUGGCUACCUGGUGUCUCUGCACUCUGCCCAGUUCCUCAGGGUGGGGGGCGACCCACUGUGGCUACAGGGGCUGGAAGCAGUCCCCCCUCGCCUACAACACCUUGACCAACUCAACAAGGUUCUUGCCCACCAACCCUGGCUCACCGCCCGCUCACACAUACAGGCGUUGCUGAAGACAGGAGAGCAGUGCUGGUCUCUGGCUGAGCUGGUUCAGGCUGUAGUGCUCCUGGCCCACUGCCACUCCCUCUGUAGUUUUGUUUUUGGCUCGGGCACCGACCCCGACCCCGUCCCCCUCCCCAGAGCCCCCAACGGCACCCCCCCGGGAUACUGCCUCUGUGACGCUGCCAACGGAAACGUCAGCGUGCCUCCGCCUCUCACCACGCCCUCAGAACACACACCACGACGACGGUCUCUGGACUCCAGUUGUGAGAUUGUGUGUUUGAAAGAGAGGAUCAAGAAAUCCCAGGAGGAGAAAGAGAGGAGGGGGGAGCGCCUUCUACACACCCAGACACUCCAGCACACAGAUGUGGAAGAUAAGGAGGAGAUGAUCUACUCAGCAGACCCCUCUCGUUUCAUAACAGACCCUGAUUUCGGCUACCAGGAGUUUGCCCGUAGAGAGGAAGAACACUUCCAAGUAUUCCGGGUGCAGGACUACUCCUGGGAGGACCACGGCUUCUCCCUGGUCAACCGGCUGUACUCGGACAUCGGGCACCUGCUGGACGACCGUUUCCGCAGCGUCACGGCCCUCCCCUCGUCCCACGGGCCUGACCUGAAGAGAGCCAUCUGGAACUACAUCCACUGCAUGUUGGGGAUUAGGUAUGACGAUUAUGACUAUGGGGAGGUAAACCAGUUGCUGGAGAAGGAGCUGAAGCUUUAUAUCAAGUCUGUGGCCUGCUACCCUGACGCCACCAAGACCCCACUGUGUCCCCUGCCCUGGGCACCACUCAAACCUUCUGAGAGGAUCCAUGUGAACUUGCUGAUAAUGGAGGCUCGGUUACAGGCUGAGCUUCUUUAUGCCCUGAGAGCCAUCACCCAGUACAUGAUAGCUUAGGUCAGUUGGUGGGAGGGAGAGGCACAAAGUACAAUCGCCAACGGUACAGAAAGACCCAGCUAGGAGGCCUCAGGGUUGGGAACCUCUUACAGCAGGCAGGGAUAUGGGGGAAGAGACUGGUAAUUAUGAGGGAGAAAGAGCAGCAUGCAAUGCAGCCAUGUCCUACAAAUGUGCGACUGUCUGUCCUAUUUGCAGUUAAAAACGAGAGAAAAUAUUAUAAUGCAAUCAUUUAAGCUCUAUUUGCGUGGUAUGCACACUGCAGUGGAAAGCUCUUUGCCAAAGUCAAAGCAAACCCUCUCUUCCCCUCUCUCUGCCUUCUCAUUUUCCACUCUGCAAGGUUGGUCUGUCCACUUCAUUUAAUGUAUUUUCCUCUUAUCAAACAUAUCUGCUAUUGAUGGUUAAUGUGCAAUUAUAUUAUUAUAAUAGAUAUUCAUUAUUUUCAUUUUUAGUAAUGUAUUGUUUAGGCUAUGUCUCAAUUCUGAUGACUGUGAUGAAAGCAGACGGUUGGUUCUGCAGUGUAGCAAGGAGAUGUGUACCCAUGGCCAACACAAUACCCCCUUUCUUGGUUUGUGAUUAUUUCUGUAUUUUCAACAUUGCAUUUGUCAAAACCAA